AUGUUUUAGUAAAUGUGAAAUGCAAGAUGCGCCGAUUGCUGUAACGUACGUAUAUGUAUGUGCAUAUUUACCACGCGAACCCGUUUUUGGUGAAAAUGCUAUGAAUUUGCCAUUGUAAUGAUAGAUUGCAUUGUGGGUGUCAAUAUUAAGUGACGGCCAUAUUUGCCGGUGCCGCUCCGCUGUAAACAAAAAGUGUCUGAGGGAGACAGAGACGCUUCAGUGAAUUUCAGGACAUUUUUAUUUCUUUAAUUUACAAUGUCUCUGGGAAUGUCUUACAAACCCAACCUCCACCAACACAUUCCGGGAACUUCCGUGAACCAGGUUGGUAACGUGCAUUCUCCGUCAACAAGCCUAGCAACGUUACAGUCCUACAGGCCAAUAGUGAACGACUACGGACCGCCUUCCUUGGGUUUUACACAGGGUACGAGCGCAACCCAAGUGCCUCAGAGCAAAUACGCCGAGCUCCUGGCCAUCAUCGAGGAGCUGGGCAAGGAGAUCAGGCCAACGUACGCAGGCAGCAAAAGUGCCAUGGAGAGACUAAAAAGGGGAAUAAUUCAUGCCAGAGGCCUGGUGCGGGAGUGCUUGGCAGAAACAGAGAGAAACGCACGCUCUUAAAUACCAGAGCCGCCCUGUCAACAGCACUCCAACCUCAACACCCAAUCAGAGUCACCGUGUCAACACAACCUAACCUGAAGACCCAAUCAGAGUCACCGUGUCAACACAACCCAACCUCAACACCCAAUCAGAGUAACCGUGUCAACACAACCCAACCUCAACACCCAAUCAGAGUAACCGUGUCAACACAACCCAACCUCAACACCCAAUCAGCGUCACCGUGUCAACACAACCCAACCUGAAGACCCAAUGAGAGUCACCGUGUCAACAGCACUCCAACCUGAAGACCCAAUCAGAGUCAACACAACCCAACCUGAAGACCCAAUCAGAGUCACCGUGUCAACACAAACCAACCUGAAGACCCAAUCAGUCAUCGUGUCAACGUACUUCAGCCUGAACACCCAACUGGAGCCAACCUGAAGAACCAAUACAUCUCAAGACUUCCUCUCUUCUAAAAAUUAUUUAAUCAGAACUGGAAACUCCAGAGAUGCUCAGAUCCUCUGAGUCCAGUAGUAACGCUGACUUUCUUUGCUUCCUGACAGUUAAUCGGCUGCCACUGAUUGGCCAGUGAUCCCACUGACCUGUAGUCCGUGGUCUAAAUCAGUCCCUGAUUGGAGGGAGAGAAUGGAGACCAGCAGCACAUUCUGGCUUCCAGAGCCAGGUUUAAGUAGCCCUGCAAUACACCUUUCCGCAAAACAGCUAAAAUAAAAUAAAAUGAAAUAAACACAGAGACAUCUGACCAGGGGGAUGUGGAAACAGGAGCGAGUGUCCAGUGUUUGGGCCGCUCAGACAGGAACUGCCUGGUAUUAUUUGUGUUCCCAUUUGGGAAUAUAUGAAUUUUCUUGACUGCUUCUAUAAAAAAAAAAUUUUUAAUAAAAAGAAUUUGCAUGCUAGGUAGGACUGCCCCCUGGAUAAUUCUAGAAAACUGCAUGGCUUGUACAGGGUAAGACGGUAGCAAGGGGCAUGUAACGAUGGAUUAGGAUCUUUUUAACACACUAAUACGUAGGCGACAAGGACGAAGACCAAAUAUACUGUACCAUGAAGCGGAUUUGGAUAAACUGUUGUAAUAAAGCCAUUAUUUGCAUCUUUGUAAGUAUUUAUUACUCAGUGUAAUAAAACGUAUUUUCAUUACA